AUGGAGAACGCCGAGGGACCGUCCCCGGACUCCGGCGAUCACGCGGCACUGGUUCAGGAUGGCAAUGCCCAAACUACACCUGGGCAUAAUUCGCGAAGGCCAAACCUUUCUUUGCAAAUACCAGCUAGGACCUUGGAUACCAGUAUACUGACUUCGACAAGAGUUACUAUAUCCUCCAGCCCCAGUUCAACGAGAGUGGGUUUGCCACCGAGACCUAAUUCAACGAGAACAAAAUCAUCUAUCAAGAACAUCAAUCCUCAGAACAGUUUCAGAGCAAGGAGUUCAGCCCAGGAAGGUGAUCGAGUGGUCCUUCUAAAUCCUGGGACGUCAUCUGAAGGGCAGCAGGAUAACCCAACCACAGCAAGAUCGUUUUCUUUUAGAAAGGUCAUUAACUCAUUAUCGGCAAAAAGGACUCAUUCUCUUCCAGUAACGCCUGUAGGAACUACUGACAAGGCUGCAUCUCCUGCAAAUCAAUUAGAUACCCUGCCAACUACAUCUAAUGAAGGAGUUGAAGCAAAAAUUAGGCGCUCGCUUUCAGUACCAGGAAAUCGCAAAAACAGAAGUUUGAGGAGGGCAGAUUCAAUAGGUGUCAUCCGUGUGAUUCCAACAACCCCACGACCUGUGCCAGUUGAUGCAACCACAUCGAACGAUGUAAUUGAAGAAACAAUUGAUGUCCCUGAAGAUGGAGGUGAAGAUAUUCCUGAAGAAGAGGCAGUCUGCAGAAUUUGUUUUGUUGAGCUCAACGAAGGAGGGGAAACACUUAAAAUGGAGUGCAGCUGCAAAGGAGAACUUGCCCUUGCACACCAAGAUUGUGCUGUCAAAUGGUUUAGCAUCAAGGGAAACAAGAUAUGUGAUGUCUGCAAACAAGAAGUUCAGAAUCUGCCAGUGACGUUACUGAGAAUACCAACUCAAACUGCAAACAGGCGGGUAGCAAAUGCUGCUCAGCAGAGAGCAGCUCAACAAUACAGAUUUUGGCAGGACAUUCCAAUUAUGGUGAUGGUUAGCAUGGUUGCGUACUUCUGUUUCUUGGAACAACUUCUGGUUACUGAUUUGCAGUCAGGUGCACUGGCAAUUUCAUUGCCUUUCUCAUGUGUGUUAGGCCUCCUAUCUUCAAUGAUAGCAUCAACUAUGGUGUCGAAGAGCUAUCUAUGGGCCUAUGCUUCAUUCCAGUUUGCUAUCGUUAUCCUGUUUGCUCAUAUCUUCUACAAUGUGUUGAGAGUGCAUCCAGUCCUCGCAGUCUUACUCUCCUCAUUCACUGGGUUCGGUAUUGCUAUUAGUACGAACUCUCUGCUAGUAGAGUAUUUGAGGUGGAGAGCUAGGAGGAAUCACCGUUUAGCUCAGCAGGCUGCCAAUGCUGCACAGCAUCAAGAAUCUGAGAAUGAUGGUGCAAAUGACAACAAUGGCGCCCGGCAGCAAGGGCACGAUGCAAAUUCUGGGAACAAUGCUAUUAUGAAAUGUUAUGGGUGUGAACAGCUGUCUGUACAAUUUGUAAGGAUCAAAUUGCCCAAACUCCAAACUUUUUCCUUCAAUGUUAAUGUUGGAUUCAUCGGACUUGGAAACAUGGGCUCCCAUAUGGCAAGGAAUUUGAUCACCGCUGGAUAUAAAGUGACUGUUCAUGAUAUAAAUGAAAAUUCCAUGAAGAAAUUCUCAGACGAUGGAAUCCCCACAAAACAAUCUCCACUUGAAGUAUCAGAGUCGAGUGAUGUCAUAAUUACCAUGCUUCCUUCAUCUACCCAUGUUUUAGAUGUAUACAAUGGACCCAAUGGUUUACUUUGCGGGGGCGAACGCCUGGGACCAUGGUUAUACGUAGAUUCAUCAACAGUUGAUCCACAAACAUCAAGAAAGAUAUCGACAGACAUCUUAAGAUGCCAUUUAAAAGAAAAGAAAGGUUACGCUGAAAGCCCUAUGAUUCUGGAUGCUCCGGUGUCCGGAGGUGUUCCUGCUGCAGAAGCUGGCAAGCUAACUUUCAUGGUGGGUGGUCUUGAGGAAGCAUAUUUAGCAGCCAAGCCCUUACUUCUCGCAAUGGGGAAAAAGGCAAUCUACUGUGGUGGGGCUGGAAAUGGCUCGGCUGCAAAGAUAUGUAACAACAUGGCAAUGGCAAUCAGCAUGCUUGGGGUCUCCGAGGCCUUGGCUCUUGGUCAGAACCUUGGGAUCAAAGCAACCACUCUUACAGACAUUUUCAACUGUUCAAGCGCUCGCUGCUGGAGUAGUGAUACAUAUAAUCCAGUUCCUGGAGUUAUGGAAGGUGUUCCAUCAUCAAGGAAUUAUAGCGGUGGUUUCACUUCCAAACUAAUGGCUAAAGAUUUGGAUUUGGCCAUGGCUUGUGCAUCUGGAGUCGGCUUCAAAUGCCCCAUGGGUUCCGAGGCACUUGAAAUUUACCGAAAGCUGUGCGAGGAUGGCUGUGAACUCAAAGACUUCUCGUGUGCAUUCCGACAUCACUAUGCUGGCAAGGAUGAAGAGUGA